UGAGACGUAUUUUUCUCCAAAUGUAUAACGUCCACCUUUCAAAGCGACAGUGACCUGAUGUAUUUGAGCUCAUGUUGCCAGUUUCACCGGAGGAAUCUCACUUCCAUUGUUGUGUUUUAAAGUUGUCUGGUGACCUUGGCACUUCCCUGAUUCUGCUUCCUCUUUAUGUACAGAUUCUGUUGAGUCAAACUGCUUGAUGUGGCCAAAAGUAUGUGGACAUUUGUAAUUGUCGAACAUGCGAUUGUGACACCGAGGGGCGUGAAUGUGCUGCUCUAACAGCCUCCGCUCUUCUGGCUUCAGUCUUUCUAUCAGACGUAGAACCUGCCGCAGGGAUUUGCUCCCGCUCGGUGAGGUCCAGCUCCGAGGCUGGGCGAUCGGGUCCUAGCUGGUGUUCCAGUUCAUGCCGUAGGAGAUGGAUGGGGCUGAGGUCAGGGCUUUGUGCAGACCCGGCAAGUUCCUCCACACUAAGCUGAGAAAAUCAUUUCAUCCUGAUGGUGAUGGAGCAGGAAUGUGUUUGUGGAGCAGGUUGAUGUUUUGUUGCACCGCUGUGUGUUGGGGCCUCCAAGGUGAUAAUCCAAGUUUCCGUCCAAAUUGUAGCUCAAAUUUCAGCUGACGUUCUAGUAAAUCUGAAGAAGAAGAUGCACAUGAAUCAUGUUUCCAAACAGCUGGUGGAGCUGUUUCUCCAGUCGGUGCCUUUAAAGAGGAGGUGGGCCGUGUUCACCUGUUCAUCUGCAGGUUAACAAACUCACCUCUUGUUUGUUUUGAUGCUCAGAAGAGUCAGUGCUGUGGCCAAAGUCUGUUUCAUUUAUGCAUCAGUGUUACGUUUCCCCAGAGCUUCAUCUGACAAUCUGACAGGCCUCAGACCUCAGACUGUGUCUGACACAGGUGAGGCCACGAACUGCAUUAACCUGGACGAUCGCUGUUGUCGUCCACUGUGUAGGAGCCGUGUAGUGUCCAUGUCCGUGUGUCCUUUUGUUUCCUCCAGAGCUUUGCUGAGCACUUUUCCAAUAACAGCGACGAAGCCCCGGGCUGUUUGUUUAAAGAGAGUUCACAGGAAGCACCGAGUCUUUUUAAUGUGGAAAACAAAGACAAAGGACAAACAGGUUUGGGAAGCUGCCGCUUCAGAGGGAAACUCUCACGUCAUUUUUCUGGAUGUUUUGACAAUCUUUGUAAAAGUUGUGGGGGUUUUUUUCGUCGCCAUGUCUCGGCAGAGAAAAUGAUAUUGUCAGACUGAAGGAUCCAGUGUGAGAUUUUGUGCCUUAAACUGUCUUUCGUGGUCCCUGUUGUCUCUGUUAAGCAGUUUUCAAACCGUGUGAUCUCUUGGAGUUGGUCAGUAGCCUCAGCGCGUGCGAUACGUCUCUUUUAAACUGUGCUAUUUCGGUUUUGAAGCCAAAAUGUUUUGUUCAACACUCUGUCAGUCGUCAAUUUUUCUUUUUCAUGAGUUCUCUCCCUUAAUUUUGCUUCUGUUUUGGGUCUUUCACACAUUCCUGAUAUAUAAAGACACUUCAGACACUCCUUUUAUAUGAAAGCUUUAUUCUCCACCUCCCUACAGACACAAGUAUAAUUUAUAAUCAACUUUAAAAGGGAUCUACUAUUUAAAUCUCUUGCCUCAUUAUCCUGAAGACUGUUGUAUUUAUGGCGUCUGUGGUUUGAUGGGACUUGUUCUGCUGCACUUCGAGCUGAAAUCAGUGUGUUUGUGUUGUUGUGGACUCACAGACGAUGUCAUAUCCCUUUGAUAAUAAAAUGAAAGAGACUGAUCAGUGAUGCUUCGUUUGUGCCCAUCAGACGGGUUUAAUCAAACCUCCUGCAGGUGUCACCUGUGCAUUUUAUUUCAUUUUUGCUUUAUUGAAAUGUAUAAAAAUGUGUUAUCAGGCAGAUAUGAGAUUAAUUAUUAAUUAUUAAUAACAGGAACUAUAAACAGUAAGUUAAAGGAAAGAAAGGUGACACUUCAGUUCACAGCAGGUCGACUGAACAUGUGACAUUCAUCUUCAAUUCAACAGGAAACCAAGUUUUUAAAAAUGAAUGAAUAAUGGAUGAAAUUCUGCUUUUAUUGUUUUACCUGAAAACAGAAGCAGAUAAAAAUCCAAACUUUAUAGGAAAUAAAGUCAGGACUGCUCACUGGACUCAGACAGAUCCUGUUAUUAGGAUUAUCUUAUUAUAAUAUUAUAAUAUUUGAGUUUAUUUCCCAUGUGAAAAGAAAAACUGAAGAUUGAAUGAACUGCUGUGUUGAUUAACUCCAUUGUCACAUUGGACACUAGAUGGCGCUUUAAGUUAAUGUUUGAAAAGUGACUCAGUUAAUCAUCAGACCAUCUUAUUAAAAACUGACCAAACUAUUUCAUGUAUUUUUAUUCUGGAAGAAAAAUAAAUUCUCUGAUGAGCAACAGUUUUAACAUCAGACAUUUUACUGAAGAGGCCUGUUUCAGGUGUUUGACCUUUAACCUCAGCAGAAGGAUGUUUUUACUUGCAGGUAAUUCAAAAUGGCAAUAUGUAAAUAACGUUUUUGCUGCGUCAGAAAUGUGAAACGAAUCCUCAGACUCUGCUCCAUCUCCUGGAAUUGACUGUUUAUGUUGCAGACACUUCCUCUGAAGCUCAGUGAAAGUAUCUCCCAUCUACAAGCUGUUAUCCUGAAACGUCUGUCAACAACAGCACCGAGAGAAACAGUUCAGGCUCAUCACAUCAGAUGAAAGCGAUGGCUUUGUUGUUUUUCAGGAAUGCAGCUCUGCAUGAAGUGAAACAUGGACCUGAUCUCAUCUCAGCUCUUAUCUCAUAUUAGACCACGUUACAUAAUGAUCCAGACUCUUUACCUGAAACAGGUGGAACUCGUCUGACCAGCAGCAGCGGCUCGUCCUCGUCCUCUGAUUGUAACGUGGCUCACCUCCUGCAGCAGGGACGUUGUCGAUCGUGAGGAGUGUCCGAGAUGCUGAGUGGAGACCUGGUCGCCGUGUGGGAGGUGGCGCUGAGUGACGGCGUUUACAGGAUUGAGUUUGCUCAUGGCACCACCACAGGGAAACGUAUCGUUUAUGUCAACGGACAGGAAGUCAUCAGAAAAGACUGGAUGUUCAAGCUGGUUGGAAAGGAAACCUUCACAGUCGGAGGUACGAACACUAAAGCCACCAUAAACAUCGAGGCCAUCAGCGGGUUCGCCUACGAGUACACGCUGGACAUGGACGGGAAGAGUCUGCAGAAGUUCACGGACAACAGAGCCAAGACCACCAAAACCUGGCUGCUCAAAGUGGACGGAGAGGACUGCAGGGUCGUGCUGGAAAAGGACACAAUGGAUGUUUGGUGCAACGGACAGAAAAUGGACACAAUGGGAGAGUUUGUGGACGACGGCACAGAGACACACUUCAUGGUGGGGGAACAUGAGUGCUGCAUCAAGGCUACGAGCAGUGGGAAGAAAAAGAGCGGCAUUGUGCACUAUUUACUGCUGGACGGAGAGAAAAUACCAGCUUCUGCACAAUAGUGCUGGACCAGACUGUUGGAACAGAGCUGAGCAUCCAAAGAGACUCUGUGAAUGAAGUAUUUGAGUCCAACAUACAAAUACAGAGCAGCAUCACUGGCUGUGCUUUAUGAGGAGGCAUCAGAACUUCCUGUUUUUCAUCAUUUAGUUGGUUUUAUUUGAAAUUUAGAAAAUACGGGUGCAAGUAUGUUCAUGUAAAUAUAGUAAAUAAACACUGGGGUGUGCAA